AUGACGGCCUCCAGAAGAGGCGGCAGCGCUGCUGCUGCAUUGUUACGAAGAUCGCAACCCAGCAUAUGUGCGAGCUGUAGAAACGCCCAAUUCCGCUCCUACUCUGCCGCUGCUUCUGCUGCUGCGACCGCCCAGGCCCCUCCUCCCGAACCGGCCGAGUCAGAGCCGCAACCGCCCACUGCGGAGCCCCGAGAGGUGAAAUACCGUAUAAAAUCAGGCCUUAUCCUGUCCCGACCGCCGCUGCUCACCCGCCGUCUUACCCCCUUCGAGAACGCAUUCUACUUCUACCAGAAGCGCUUGAACGAGCGGCUGACGCUCCCUUUCCGCCACACCCUCUUCUUCAAGAAGGACACCGCGCCCGACCUGGACUGGAGGAUCAAGUUUGAGGAGCGGGGCCAGGUAGUGGCGAAGGAGCUGGGCAGAUACUAUGCCCGGGGUCGCAACGCGUGGAACGACGAGCUGCUGGUGGGCAGUACGCUGAGCGACCAGGACCGGCUACGGGAGAUCUUGCUCAAGGAUGCCGAGAGCCGGGUGACCGAAGACGGAGACGUGGCCGACCCGGACGAGAUCGUGCCUGUCGAGCGCCCGAUGGACCGGAUAACCGAGGCGGAUAAGACGAAUGACAUAAGGCGGUUAGACCGCAAACUCGACCAGACGUUAUACCUGAUUGUGAAGAGAAGCGACGGGAGCUGGCACUUCCCAACCGACGACGUGACCACAGAUGACAGUCUUCAUGGCACCGCCGCCAGGGCCUUGGAAUACUCGGCAGGCGUCAACAUGAACACUUGGAUAGUCGGGCGGGCACCCGUCGCUCACAUUAUCAUAAAACCUGAGCUCAACGAGGACUCUUCGGUCAAAAAGCGAGCUGAGAAAAUAUUCUUCCUCAAGGGGCGGAUUAUGGCCGGCCAAGCUGAUCUGAAGAAAAACAGGUACGGGCUCGAGGACUUUAAUUGGCUUACGAAGGAAGAGCUGCGAAAGAAACUACCCUACGACUAUUUCCACUCUGUGAGGAACGUGAUGGCGGAUCGGUAG